CCUUUUAAACCAUUAAUUAAUAAGAACAACACACAGACAUAUAUCAAUGGAGAACAUGGAGAGAAAUGUUUCAGAGCUUGAUCUUCCAGGGUUUAGAUUCCAACCAACUGAAGAAGAGCUACUAGAUUUCUAUCUCAGAAAGGUGGUUCUCGGCAAGAAACUCCAUUUCGACAUCAUUGGUACUCUUAACCUCUACCGCUACGAUCCUUGGGAGCUUCCCGGAUUAGCGAAGAUAGGAGAAAGAGAGUGGUACUUUUUUGUCCCAAGAGAUAGAAGACAUGCAAAUGGUGGUAGACCAAACCGGACGACGGAACGAGGAUUUUGGAAGGCCACCGGAUCCGAUAGGCCUAUUCGUAGCGCCGUUGACCCGAAAAGACUAAUCGGAUUAAAGAAAACACUUGUGUUCUACAAUGGAAGGGCACCAAGAGGGUGCAAAACUGACUGGGUCAUGAAUGAAUACCGUCUUCCUGACCAUUGUGGCUCAUCCUCUAACUCAUCUUCUUUUCACUCUCCUAAGGAAGACAUAGUUUUGUGCAAGAUAUACCGAAAGGCGACAUCACUAAAAGAGCUAGAGCAAAGAGCGGCGAUGGAAGCUGAUGCGAGGGCCUCGCAAAGCAGUGUAUCAGUGACAGACACCUUAUCUUCAUCUGAUCAAGAAGUGCAAAUUCAGAAACCAUUGAUGGUUGAUGAGAAGGAUAAUGUGGUGAAGGUUGCUCAUGUUAAUGAGGACGAUGAACAUGUCUCAUUGGCUCAAGACCGUUUGGUUAACCUACCAGAUAUUCAAGUUCCAAGGUACAAUGGCAUGGAAUGGAUGCAAGACCCGUUCUUGACCCAACUUAGAAGUCCUUGGGUGGAACAAUGGUCUCCUUUAGCCAAUAUGCUUAAUUUUUGAAUGUCUAACGAUAUUGGAAUGAAGAUUAUAAGUUUUGUUUGGAAGAAGGUAGUUGCUGAUUAGUCAUGAUAUCUUAAGAAUUUGUGUCUGGUAUGUAAACUAAGGUGUUUUUCUUUUUUCUUCUUUACCCCUUUUUAUUUAGAUAAAAAACUAGUAUGAAACUUCAAUGUUUACUUGCAAGAAAUUGUGAGUUUGUUGUUAGUGAAAUUUGAAACAAAAUGAAGUUUCUAAUAAACGUACCCUUGUUGCAUGAUAA